AUGCCUUCAAUAUAUCACGGCCCCGAUCAGCUCUCGGGUGGUUUCCUUGCCUCCUCUCAAUGCACCAUGGGUGCCGGCGUUGGCAAGCUGAAAGCUGUAAAGGUGCUCAAUAAAUAUGCGCCAGGGCUGUUGGAGCUUAGAAAUUCGGAAUGGUGUCGCCAUAAUUUCAGCAUGGGGUUUUGGCUUUUUGAUGGUGUCAGCACUUGCAGGUGGUCUGGACCCCUGGUGAUAUCUCAUAUUCCGAUGUGCAACACCAACCAUGGAGGACCAUCCGCCACUCAGCCGGUACCAUGUCCACUAAUGCAUAUUGUAUGCAUUUUCAUGACUCUGUUUGCUUCGAGACAGUUGCGAGGAGACAGAAUUGCCACAAUACAGAAACCUUGCCAAUAUAGAAGUUCAUUGCCAGCUGAAGACCGGGAGGGCCUGAAGCCUGAACUGUCCUUUCGACGAAGUGAUGAUGCUACUUCGUACUGGCAUCGCUGGGUGUUGGAAGGCGCCGCGCCAAACCUUUUGUUGUUGAAAGUAACCACACAUCCACUCGCUGCCUGGGCUGAAAUGACGGCUUUCAACAUCAAAUACAAGUUAGCCCCCAUCUUCCCAUUCCUCAUUCCCCAUGCCCCCCAAUCGCAGGCGAGGCAUGCUGUUGUGGGAAGAAAGACCCAGCUUUUUGGCUCAUGCUCAUGUCAUUUCUGCUUGCCUCCCAGGUCUGUGGGUAAUAUGUGGCCCAUGUGCAUGGGCUAG